AUGAUACGGUGGCUCAAGAAAUUACAGGUCGCAUUUGGGGCCUCUUUUUUGUGGCUGGUUUGCCUGAUUUACUUCACCCAGGGUUUUAGAUCAUUCGUAUGGACAGCGGUGUCAUAUCAGCUAAAAGACAGGCUAAAGUUAUCGCCUUCUGCCUCCCAGUUUGUGACCUCAGUAGCCUUUUUUCCAUGGAGCAUCAAGCCAAUAUAUGGAAUCGUGUCGGAUUGCAUACCAAUUCGAGGAAGGAAAAGGAUCCCUUACUUGGUGAUUGCAACAUUGCUGUCUCUUUUCCCGUGGCUCCUCUUGAGCAUCAAUGAAUCCUUAAGGGGCUCCCGGCUUUCUUUCAUGAUUUUUUUGACAUUACAAAACUUGGGCUCUGCAAUGGCUGAUGUUGUGAUUGAUGCAAUGAUAGCUGAGGCUGCAAGACUUGAGAGGGCCUCUUUUGCUGGAGAUCUUCAGUCCAUAUCAUGGAUGGCAAUGGCCGUGGGAGGAAUCUUUGGGAGCUUACUUGGGGGAUAUGCUCUAACCAAUCUACAAAUAGAUAAAAUAUUCUUGCUUUUUUCUGCCUUACAAGCCAUACAGCUGUUUUCAUGUGGUUUAGUUGAGGAAAGUUAUGUGGACGGUAUAGUUUCUUCUGAACACUCUAGUUCAAACGGUACGAACGGCAAAGAUUACCAGGAAGAUACUUCCAAGAGCCAGUACAGUACUUCCUCCAAGAAGUCCAAGAAUAAUAUUUCGAGGCGAAAGAAGAACCAUAAAAGUGAAAAAACGAGAUCUGUGACUGAACAUAAUUUUCAGGGCCCUGAAGCCCAGAGAUCCGUUGCAAGUACAUGGCUCCAGUCUCUGAAAAUGGCUUCAUAUUCAUUGUUUGGGGCUUUUCGUCAGCCUAUCAUUUUGAGGCCUAUGUCGUGGUUUUUCCUGGCACAUGUAACUGUCCCAAACCUCUCAACGAUCAUGUUCUAUUACCAAUCGGAAACCCUAAAAUUGGAAGCCUCCUUCUUGGGCACGACCCGUGUCGUCGGCUGGUUGGGCCUCAUGUUUGGAACCGUGAUAUACAACCGCUUCUUGAAGAGGAUGAGAUUACGUAGGAUUCUCUUAUGUGCUCAAAUUGGCUUGUCCCUAUUGAGUCUUUUGGAUGGGGUUCUUGUGUCAAGAUCACAUCUUGCACUAGGCAUAUCGGACAAGGUUAUGGUGCUUUUUGGGUCAGCUCUUUCAGAUGGCAUCAAUCAAUUUAAGUUCAUGCCAUUCCUGAUUUUAUCAGGGCAACUUUGCCCGCCCGGUAUAGAAGGAACUCUGUUUGCGCUCUUUAUGUCUAUUAACAACUUGGGCUCAACAAUCGGAUCUUUUGUGGGUGCUGGGCUGGCUUCGAUUCUUAAUAUUUCUUCCGGAAAUUUCGAGAACCUUCUUUCCGGCAUCAUUAUUCAAUUCCUGUGCACUUUUAUUCCGGUUGCUUUUCUAUUUUUUAUACCAAAAGAAGCUACAGGAAUAUCAGCAUAG